AUGCAGCAGCCUUUGGGGGGCCCCCGCAGGCCGGGGGGCCCUCCGAAGCCCGAGGGGGGAGAAAACCCUAAAUUGGAGGAUGGGGGCAGCUCCAGAGCAGCACUAGGAGGUGUUGCUGCGAAGAGGCCCUUUUUUGGUCCAAAGAUUCCUCAAAAGGAUGAAGACGCGAAGGCAGCAGCAGCUGCUGCGUCGUCCCCCCCAGCAGCAGCAGCAGCAGCAGCAGCAGACGGCGGCGACGCCCAGACGCCGAAGAAGGCCCCCCCCCCCAGCGCAGCAGCAGCAGCAGCAAGAGGGGGCCUGCCCCCGUUCGCGGCGAAGAAGCCCGGCGCGCGCGUGGCCUUCUGCGGAGACCCGAGCAGCAGCAGCAGCAGCAGCAGCAGCAGCAGCAGCAGCAGCAGCAGCGGGUGCCGGGGGGGCGCGCGGGUGCAGCGGCUGCAGGAGAAGUGGCGGCUGCUGCCGUCGUUCAUCGCAUGCAGGGGACUGGUGUCGCAGCACUUGUCUUCUUUCAACUAUUUAAUUGAAGAGGGACUCCGCAGCAUCGUGAGAGCAGCAGCAAACCGAUUAAUUCGUUCUGAUGUGGAUAGUUCGUUUUUCAUGGAGUUCAUGGAUGUGCGUGUGGGGCCCCCGCGGCUGGAGGACUGCAUGCAGCAGCAGCUGCUGCAGCAGCAGCAGCAGCAGCUCACGCCGCAGCUCUGCAGACUCCGCGAGCUCACCUACGCGGCUCCUCUUCUCGCGGAAAUUGAAUUUGCAAAAGGAAAUGAUAUUAUCAGAAGAAAAGGAAUCUUUAUUGGAAGUUUGCCAAUUAUGCUGCGCAGCAAAGCUUGUUUGCUGCACUCCAAGACGCAGCAGCAGCUGCAGCAAAUGGGCGAGUGCCCCCUGGACCCGGGUGGCUACUUCAUUGUCCGCGGCACUGAAAAGGUGCUGUUGAUGCAGGAGCAGCUGUCUAAGAACAGGAUCAUAGUGGAGCUGGACAUGAAGCGGAACGUGUGCGCGACGGUGACGUCUGCGACUGCGGAGGCGAAGAGCCGGACGGCGGUGGUGCUGAAGGGGGGCCGGCUGUACGUACGGCACAACUCCUUCACAGACGAUUUGCCCUUGUGCAUUUUGCUGCGGGCAAUGGGCGUGGAGAAUGACCAGGAGAUAACGCAGCUGAUUGGGUCUCCUGCUGCUGCUGCUGGGGAGAAGGGCCCCGCUGCUGCUGCUGGGGAGGGCUGCUGCGCCGCAGCUGCAGCAGAGCCCGUGUCGCUCUCGCUGCAGGACUGCCACACGGAGGGGACGCUGACGCAGCAGCAGGCGCUGCUGUGGGUGGGCUCGCGGCUGCGGCUGCGGACUUACGGGCGGGGCUUUUUUGCUUCUUCGCGGGAGCGGGAGAGCCGCAGCAGCAGCAGCAGCAGCAGGAGCAGCGCGGAGGAAGCGGUGGAGGCGCUGCACCGCGUGCUGCUGCCGCACCUGGCGAGCAGCGGGAACAACUUCGAGGCGAAGCUGCUGCUGCUGACACUGAUGGCCCGGCGCUGCUUAGCAGCAGCAGCAGCGCCGCAGCUGCUGGACGACAAAGACUACUACGGCAACAAAAGGCUGGAGCUGGCGGGGCAGAUGUUGGGUCUUUUAUUUGAAGACUUGUUCAAGAGGUUUUGCGCGCAGACGAAGAAGCAAAUAGACUUCGCGCUGACGCGCUUCCACCAAACCCGCAGCAGCAGCAGCAGCAGCAGAAGCAGGGAGGCCCUCGCCUACCCCGACUGCACCCGAAACCUCCCCACAGACAUCAUCACCCGAGGCCUCCAAACGGCACUCAGCACUGGCAACUGGAGCAUCAAGAGGUUCCGCAUGGAGCGCUCGGGAGUGGCGCAAAUCCUCUCGAGACUUUCUUACAUCGCCACUCUCGGAAUGAUGACAAGACUGAACUCGCAGUUCGAAAAGGGCCGCAAAGUCUCGGGGCCCCGCGCCCUCCAGCCCUCCCAGUGGGGGGUCUUGUGUCCGUGCGACACUCCCGAGGGCGAGAGCUGCGGACUUGUGAAAAAUUUGGCAUUAUUGACUCAUGUGACGACGGACGCGCCGGAGGGCCCCGCGCAGCGGGCCCUCUUCGCGCUGGGGGUCGAGGAGGCCCCCUCGUUGGGGCCCCAGGAGCUGCAUGCAGCAGCUGCGGGGCACUUGGUGUUUCUCAACGGGGCCCUCUUGGGGCUCCACAGGAGGCCCCAGCAGCUGCUUGCUGCAGUGCGGCUGCUGCGCCGCAGGGGCCUCCUGGGGCCCUUCCUGUCUGUACACCGCAACGCAGCGCACCGCGCCAUCUACGUGGCCACCGACGGCGGCCGGCUCUCGCGGCCGCUGAUUCUGGUGGAGGGCGGGCAGCCGCUGCUGCAGCAGCAGCAGCUGCAGCAGCUGCAGCGCGGGGAGCUGGCCUUCGGGGACCUGCUGAGCCGCAGCGUCCUCGAGUGGGUGGACGUGAACGAGGAAAAUGACCUUCUUAUUGCUCUCGACGAAGACAGCAUUUGCCCCGAAACCACCCACCUCGAAAUCGACCCUUUGGCCAUUUUGGGAGUUGUUGCGGGACUUAUUCCCUACCCCAACCACAACCAAAGCCCCAGAAACACCUACCAGUGCGCCAUGGGCAAACAGGCCUUGGGCGCAAUUGCCUUCAAUCAAUUCAACAGAUGCGACACUCUACUCUACCUCCUCGUCUACCCCCAACAGCCCCUCUGCAAGUCCCGCACUCUCGACCUCAUCAACUUCAGCCAGCUGCCAGCAGGUCAGAACGCGAGCGUGGCAGUGAUGAGUUACAGCGGGUACGACAUAGAAGACGCAAUAGUUCUGAACCGGGGUUCCGUGGAUCGGGGUUUCGGGAGGUGCUUCGCAAUAAGAAAACACACUGUGGACUUCAAGCAGUACUACAACGGGGCUUCGGACCGCGCCUUCCCCCCGCCCUCGCCUUCGGAGGGCAGCCGGGGCGGAGGGGGCCCCUCCGGGGGGGGCCCCCCGGGGGAGCGGGGGGGCCCGCGUGGGGCGGGCCGGGGGCUGGCGAGCAAGCGGUUCGCCGCAGUGGGGGAGGACGGGCUGGCAGAGGUGGGGGAACUUGUGGAACAAGACAUGGUGUUGGUGAACAGGUUUUCGCCAACGAACACAAAAGCUGCUGUUGCAGAUCCGCUGCGGCUGCAGCGCAGCGACUACAGCCCCGCCCCAGUCAAGUACAAAACGCCCGUGGCCGCGUACGUAGAUCGCGUGCUGCUGACGGAAAGCGCAGAGGGCUGCAGACUGGCGAAGCUGAUGCUGCGGCAGACGCGGCUGCCAGAGCUGGGGGAUAAGUUCUCCUCGCGGCACGGGCAGAAGGGGGUGGUGGGGUUGAUAGUGCCUCCGGAGGACUUGCCGUUUGCAGAAGACGGCUGGACUCCGGACUUGGUGAUGAAUCCGCACGGAUUUCCCUCGCGGAUGACUGUGGGGAAGCUGCUGGAGCUGCUCGCGGGCAAAACUGCGCUGCUCACGGGGCAGCUGCAGUACGGCACUGCGUUUGGGGGUACCCCCGCGGCGGAGCUGGCGCGGGCGCUGCUCGCGGGGGGCCUCCACUACUCGGGGAAGCAGUACCUGACUUGCGGGUUCACAGGGGGCCCCCUGCAGGCGUAUGUCUUCUGCGGGCCCAUCUACUACCAAAAACUCAAACACAUGGUUCAGGACAAAAUCCACGCCCGCGGCAGGGGCCCCCGCCAGCUGCUCACGCGCCAGCCCACCGAGGGCCGCGCCAAAGACGGGGGCCUCCGACUUGGCGAAAUGGAAAGAGACUGUCUCGUGGCUUACGGGGCCUCGGCCUUGCUGAUCGAGCGUCUGGUCUUGUCCAGCGACGCCUUCGAGGCCACGGUCUGCACGCGCUGCGGCCUCAUUGGCUCCAACGGCUGGUGCAACAUGUGCAAGAGUUCCGCCAACGCAGCCACUGUGCAGAUUCCCUACGCAUGCAAGUUGCUUUUCCAGGAACUCAUGAGCAUGAACGUCUGCCCCAGAAUUUCCCUCAAAGAGGUCUGA